AUGACGAUCGACGAAUACAUUGAACGUCAAACCGAUCUCUUCAGGCGCAUCUGUCGCACUCUCGAAAACUUGCGCAAGCUCGGUGAAGCAAGAACAACCCUCGGGCAAGUGCAAUCGCGAUUAGAUGCUUUAAAUUCAAAUUGGCUGAAGUUCCAAGACAUGCACGAGACAGUCGAUCAAACUAGAAUCGCAGCAAAAGGUGAUCAACUCGACGCUAUCAAGAGACUUUCGUAUUUCGCGAAAGACUAUUACGGACAGUGCGAAGAGCAAUACUUAAACGCGAAGGGAGAGAUGCUCGAUCUACUCGGAACUCUCAAGACUCUAUCGGCACCGAUCGUGCCAACAGCCGUAGCCCCCCAACUCACAACUGGAGGAGCCUCAAAACGGCUACCACGCAUCGAAUUGCCUACGUUCUUGGGCAAUUACUCAGACUGGAAGUCUUUCCACGACCUCUUCACAUCAAUCGUUCGCGAAAAUUCGCAACUCUCGGAAGUGGAAAAACUGCACUACCUAAAAACAAGUCUUACCGAUGAACCGUCACGACUCAUUAAAAACAUCGCUCUUACCGCUGAAAACUUCCCUCGAGCCUGGGAAACUCUCGUCUCACGGUACGAAAACAAGAGACUUUUGACGGAUUCUCAUCUCGCGACACUUUUCGCGAUUCCUCGUGUCACGAAAAAGUCGUCAUCAGAACUGAAGAGCUUGCACAGCAACACUUGCGAAGCUCUUGGCGCACUCGAACUUCUUGAUAGUCCCGAGAAAUUAGGGGAUCACAUCAUCGUGCACAUGACGAUUCGCAAGCUCGACCCAGCAUCUCUCGAAGAGUGGGAGAAAAGUGUUAGCGAGAAACUCGAGCCCCCCACGUUUGCGGAGCUCAAGGCGUUUCUCAUCGGUCGCAUCCACACCCUCGAAGCCGUGGAGCAAGCUCCUGCUCACAAUCAAAUCGCGACGUCGAAACCGCACUCAUCGCCAGGAAGGUCAAAUCUUCAGACGACAAGGUCACAUACAGCGCAAUCAAAGGAACAGUCGUGUGCUUGUUGCAAAGGCAACCACUACAUCGCGUUCUGUUCGACCUUUCGCGACAAAUCUCUGGAUCAAAGAAGGGAAGUGGUUUCUGCGAAAAAGCUUUGCUUCAAUUGUCUCGGUCCACAUCAGCAGAAGGACUGUCGAUCCAACAAAACGUGUCGCGUGUGCAACGGUCGACAUCAUUCCUUGCUGCAUCGAAACUCUUCUUCAAUCUCGACAGCUGCCAACAGCAGCACAUCUCAAGGACAGGCCGCAGUAGCGCAACCUGCAGUGCAGAACGCACCGAUCUCGAACAGCGCCUCUCAGGUGAGCAACCACUCAGCUCAGCCUACAAUGAUCAAGCGCUCUCCAGUUCUUCUCGCCACAGUGCAAUUGAUCGCUUCGAAUCCGGAGACUGGAGAAAGAAUCAUCGCUCGCGCUCUACUCGAUCAAGGAUCCGAAAGUUCAUUCGUCACGGAGUGGCUAGCGCAACAAUUGCGACUACGUCGGCAUCAAGCAACGAUACCGAUCAUUGGCGUCGGAGCUCAUCAAUCGGCAGUGACUCGCGGCAUCGCGACAUUGCAACUCCAAUCUCGUGCUCACACCUCGUUCUCAUGUCAGGUAGAGGCACUCGUGCUUCCACGACUCACAUCGUAUCUACCCUCAUUUCGACUUCUCGUCGAAGACUGGCCUCAUCUACGAGGACUCAACCUCGCGGAUCCAAGCUUUGCACAUCCCAGUCAAAUCGACGUAAUUCUCGGAGCUGACAUCUACAGCAACAUCAUUGGUCAAGGAGUUCGAAGAGGAGCACCAGGAACACCAAUCGCGCAAGAAACUCAGUUCGGUUGGGUCCUCUCCGGCUGCGUUUCAGCGGAAGCAGCAAGCCCCUCGUAUGGCGCAGUCCAAGGCUUCCAAUGCUCCCUCGAUCACGAACUGCUCGAUCUCGUGCAGCAGUUUUGGAAGCAGGAAGAAGUGUCGAAACCUUUGGCACUAACUUCCGAAGAAGAGCGUUGUGAGGAACACUUUCGCGAAAAGGUUUCUCGAACUGCGUCCGGUCGUUACGUAGUUCGGCUGCCGCUCAAAGACAAUUCGGUAGAGCUCGGCAACUCGCGGAAUCCCGCGCAUCAAAUGCUCCUUCGUUUGGAGAAACGGUUCGGUAGCGACGCGAAACUCAAGGAGGCUUACUCGAGCUUCCUUCGUGAAUAUCGUGAACUCGGGCACAUGCGUCGCGCUAUCAAUACACCUGAAGACAAUUCCCGCGUGUUUUAUCUUCCCCAUCACGGUGUAGUUCGCGACAGCAGUUCAACAACAAAGUUGCGUGUCGUGUUCAACGGGUCUCAAAGAACCAACCUCGGACUCUCUCUCAAUGACAAUCUUCUCGUCGGUCCAAAAGUGCAAACCGACCUCGCGGACGUUCUCUUACGCUGGCGACAAUAUCCAGUCGCGUUCUCAUCAGACAUCGUCAAGAUGUACCGACAAAUUUUGGUCCACAAUGAUGACCAAGAUUUUCAGCGAAUCCUCUGGAGGGAAGAACCAGAGCUACCGAUUGAAGAAUAUCAACUUACUACGGUAACGGAUCUCGCGAUCCGUGUUCUUCAUCAACUCGUUCAGGACGAAGGUAAGCAGUAUCCCUUUGCGAGCCACAUCAUUCUCGAGAACACGUACGUCGACGACAUCCUCUCAGGAGCAGAGGACGUUGGUCUUGCAAGCGCUCCGUAUCUCGCGAUCCGUGUUCUUCAUCAACUCGUUCAGGACGAAGGUAAGCAGUAUCCCUUUGCGAGCCACAUCAUUCUCGAGAACACGUACGUCGACGACAUCCUCUCAGGAGCAGAGGACGUUGAUCAAGGUCGCGAGAAAAUCAACGAACUCAAUCAAUUGCUCAAGGCGGGCGGCUUUGAACUUCAAAAGUGGACUUCAAGCCACCCAGAAACUCUCGUUGACAUUUCUCGAAACCAUCAAGAGAUCGCGAUGCAUCUGAAUCUCGAUCAAAGUCCAUUCUUUCGGGCUCUCGGUCUUGCGUGGAGACCAGACAUCGACGCGUUUGCGUUCUCUCCGCAAAUUCAUCAAACUCGGGACAAUUUCACGAAACGAAAAGUUCUCUCACAAACCGCGCAGCUCUUUGAUCCUCUCGGAUGGCUCUCGCCGAUCACGAUCAGAGCCAAAAUCUUUAUGCAGGAAUUGUGGGCACUCGGUUUCGACUGGGACGAGCCGCUCUCAACUUCAUUAUCCUCGCGAUGGAUCGAGUUUCUACAAGAUCUUCAAGGCAUCUCAGCUAUCACCAUCCCACGAUGGAUCGGGUCAAGUUCAGCAUCUCUCGGGAUAGAGAUCCACGGUUUCGCGGACGCCUCUCAAAGUGCAUUAGGCGCAGUGAUCUACGCGCGAACGUAUAUCAACACUCACGAAGUGCGCGUUUCACUAGUGUGCGCGAAAACUAAAGUAGCGCCGCUAAAGAAGGUGACAAUUCCUCGUCUCGAACUCUGUGCUGCGAAUCUUCUCGUCCGGUUGAUGUGUCAUGUGGAAAAGACUCUUAAUUUCGAAAACACCCCGGUUUAUCUGUGGACGGAUUCCACAGUCGCGCUCGCGUGGAUCAAAAGCCACCCAUCGCGGUGGAAGGAAUUCGUUCGUAAUCGCGUAACGGAAAUCCAAGAGUUCGCGCGCGCUCGUUGGUAUCACAUCUCGGGUUUUGAAAACCCCGCUGAUCUUGCGUCUCGUGAUGCAUCUCCGGAGCAACUUCAAAAAUCAGAACUUUGGACCUUCGGACAAUCCUGGCUCUCGAAGCCUUCUGUCAAUUGGCCAUCCUUAUCUCCGCGACCGGAAGAAAACAUUCAUCUCGAGGAAAGAAAAGGGCUGUCGACGCACAUCGCAACUGCUAAGCCGCUACAAAUCUGGGAUCUCGUCGAUCGCUACUCAAAACUAUCGACUCUCCUCAAAGUCACAUCAUUGUGUAAACGCGCAGCAAAUCGGUUCCUCGCGAAGACGACAUCGAAUCGCGUAAACACGUCUAUCACUGUCGGACCGAUCUCUACUCUCGAAUUGAGCGACGCCCAACUGUUUUGGACCAAGGUGACCCAGCAGGCGUACUUUGCAGAAGAAAUUCGCCAAAUCGAGACAAGUUCAAGUCUCACUCGAAGUCAUCCACUAUCGCGACUCACGCCGUUCAUCGAUUCGAACGGAUUCCUCAGAGUCGGUGGUCGACUGAAUCACUCAUUGCUUUCGUACGACGAAAAGCACCCGUUCAUCUUGCCUCGCGAAUCAUCGUUCUCUACAUUGAUCAUGGAUCAUCAUCAUCGGUUGACGCUCCACGGAGGUCCGCAACUCACUCUCGCUACAAUCCGACAGCGGUACUGGAUCCUGGGAGGAAGAGUACCGAUCCGCAUGUUCAUACAUCGUUGCGUUCCUUGUGCGCGUCAUCGCGCCACCCUCAGCAGCCAACAGAUGGGCCAACUCCCUCAGUCUCGAGUCACGCAAUCAAGGCCGUUUCUUCACUCUGGCGUUGACUACACUGGUCCAUUCUCGAUUCGAGCCUCCCGCGGAAGAGGAGCGAAAUCAUGCAAGGGAUAUAUCGUUAUCUUCAUCUGCUUCACGACCUCGGCUGUGCAUCUCGAGCUAGUUUCGGACUACACGACGGAGGCAUUCAUCGCAGCGUACAAACGCUUCACAUCUCGACGAGGAAUUUGUGCCUCAAUCGCAAGCGAUUGUGGAACGAAUCUCGUCGGCGCAGACUCAGAACUUCGCCGUCUUCUCGCUGCAUCGUCAAAGGAGUUCGCAGAAAUCGCAAACACCCUCGCAUUACACGGAACCCAGUGGCGGUUCAAUCCUCCCUCCGCGCCUCAUUUCGGUGGAAAUUGGGAAGCCGGAGUGAAAUCAGUCAAAUUUCACCUCAAACGAGUCAUCGGAGAAGCUACUCAAACGUUCGAGCAAUUCGCGACGUUCCUCACGCAAGUAGAAGCCACGCUUAAUUCUCGACCUCUUUGCGCUAUCUCGGACGAUCCACGGGAUCCAAGUGCCUUGACGCCAGGACACUUUCUCGUCGGCUCAGCAUUGAACACAAUUCCUGAGCCGUCACUCAUCGAGGUGCCAGUUCAACGGCUAUCGCAUUGGCAACACUCGCGUCAAAUGCUGGAGCAUUUUUGGAAACGGUGGAGUACGGAGUAUCUUCAGUCCUUCCAAAACCUCUCGAAAUGGCAGACUCAUCACGGGAACAUCAAAAUCGGAUCCAUCGUUCUCGUAAAAAACGAAAAUCUACCUCCAUCUGUGUGGCCCCUCGCGAAAGUGAUCGAAGUGCAUCCGGGAACCGACGGUCUCGUUCGCGUUGUGACCGUUAAAACGAAAUCCUCUGUGUUAAAACGUCCAAUCGUGAAAUUGUGUGUGCUUCCAGUGUCCUCUUAA